AUGUCUCGAAUAUCUCAUCCCACUGCCCAUGUCUCGGCAUAUCUCAUCCCACUGCCCAUGUCUCGGAAUAUCUCAUCCCACUGCCCAUGUCUCGGAAUAUCUCACCCCGCUGCCCAUGUCUCAGUGCCCAUGUCUCGAGAUAUCUCAUCCCACUGCCCAUGUCUCGGAUAUCUCAUCCCCACUCCCAUCCCAAUUGCCCAUGUCUCAGAAUAUCUCAUCCCACUGCCCAUGUCUCGAAUAUCUCCUCCAUGUUUUGCCCCCCAUGUCUGUCUCAGAAUAUCUCAUCCCCACUGCCCAUGUCUCGAGAUAUCUCAUCCCACUGCCCAUGUCAGAAUAUCCCAUCUCCCAUGUCCCGAUAUCUCAUCCCACUGCCCAUGUCUCAGAAUAUCUCCUCCCACUGCUCAUGUCUCCAGGAUAUCUCAUCCCACUGCCAUGUCUCGGAAUAUAUCACCCCACUGCCCAUGUCUCAGAUAUCUCACCCAUGCCCAUGUCUCGAAUAUCUCAUCCCACUGCCCAUGUCUCAGGAUAUCUCCUCCACUGCCCAUGUCUCAGAAUAUCUCAUCCCACUCAUUCCCAAUGUCUCGGAAUAUCUCAUCCCACUGCCCAUGUCUCCCAUGUCUCAUGAUAUCUCAUCCCACUGCCCAUGUCUCAUCCCCUGAAUAUCUCAUCCCACUGCCCAUGUCUCAGGAUAUCUCAUCCCACUGCCCAUGUCUCGAAUAUCUCACCCCAUGCCCCCAUGUCUCAAAUGGAUAUCUCAUCCCACUGCCCAUGUCUCGAGAUAUCUCAUCCCACUGCUCCUCAUGUCUCGAAUAUCUCAUCCCACUGCCCAAGUCUCAGGAUAUCUCACCCCCUUUGCCCAUGUCUCAGAAUAUCUCACCCCACUGCCCAUGUCUCAGUCUCGGGAAUAUCUCAUCCCAUCGCCCAUGUCUCGAAUAUCUCACCCUGCUGCCCCAUCUCAGGAAUAUCUCAUCCCCACUGCCCAUGUCUCGAGAUCUCACCCAGCUCCCAUCCCACUGCCCAUGUCUCAGGAUAUCUCAUCCCACUGCCCAUGUCUCAGAUGCCAUGUCUCAUCCCACCCCAUGUCUCAGGAUAUCUCAUCCCACUGCCCAUGUCUCAGAAUAUCUCAUCCCACUGUCUCCAGGUUUCCCCCUGUCUCCGGAAUAUCUCAUCCCACUGCCCAUGUCUCAGAAUAUCUCAUCCCUGCCCAUGUCUCGUAUCUCAUCCCAUAUCUCGAAUAUCUCCCCUGCGCCCAUGUCUCGGAAUAUCUCAUCCCACUGCCCAUGUCUCGGAAUAUCUCACCCCACUGCCCAUGUCUCGGAAUAUCUCAUCCCACUGCCCAUGUCUCGGAAUAUCUCAUCCCGCUGCCCAUGUCUCGGAAUAUCUCAUCCCACUGCCCAUGUCUCGAAUAUCUCAUCCCUCAUCCCACUGCCCCAUGUCUCAGAAUAUCUCAUCCCACUGCAUGUCUUGGGAUAUCUCAUGUCCAUGUCUCAGGAUAUCUCAUGUCCCUCCUUCCAUGUCUCAAGAAUAUCUCAUCCCACUGCCCAUGUCUCGGAAUAUCCCACUCAUCCCACUGCCCAUGUCUCGAAUAUCUCAUGUCAGCUGCCCCAUGUCUCAGGAUAUCUCAUCCCACUGCCCAUGUCUCGAAUAUCUCAUCCCGCUGCCCAUGUCUGCCUCAUGUCUCAUCCCAAUAUCUCAUCCCACUGCCCAUGUCUCAGAAUAUCUCCUCCCACUGUCCAUGUCUCUGAAUAUCUCAUCCCUAUCCCCCAUGUCUCGGAAUAUCUCAUCCCACUGCCCAUGUCUCAGGAUAUCUCAUCCCACUGCCCAUGUCUCAGAAUAUCUCAUCCCUCUGCCCAUGUCUCGAAUAUCUCAUCCCACUGCCCAUGUCUCCAGAAUAUCUCAUCCCGCUGCCCAUGUCUCAGAAUAUCUCAUCCCACUGCAAAUGUCUCGGGAUAUCCCAUGUGCCCAUGUCUCAGAAUAUCUCACCCCCAGAAUAUCUGCCCAUGUCUCCCUGAAUAUCUCAUCCCACUGCCCAUGUCUCAAUAUCUCAUCCCUGCCCAUGCCCAUGUCUCAGAAUAUCUCAUCCCCACUGCACAUGUCUCGGGAUAUCUCAUCCCACUGCCCAUGUCUCGGGAUAUAUCACCCAGCUGCCCAUGUCUCGGAAUAUCUCAUCCCACUGCCCAUGUCUCGGAAUAUCUCAUCCCACUGCCCAUGUCUCGGAAUAUCUCAUCCCACUGCCCAUGUCUCGGAAUAUCUCAUCCCACUGCCCAUGUCUCGGGAUAUCUCACCCCACUGCCCAUGUCUCGGGAUAUCUCAUCCCACUGCCCAUGUCUCGGAAUAUCUCACCCAGCUGCCCAUGUCUCGGGAUAUCUCAUCCCACUGCCCAUGUCUCUGAAUAUCUCAUUCCACCCCAUGUCUCAGCAUCCCUGCCCAUGUCUCAGGAUAUUUCAUCCCACUGUCUCUGGAAUAUCUCAUUAUGUCUCGAGAUAUCUCAUCCCACUGCCCAUGUCUCAGGAUAUCUCUCCCCCUGCCUCAUGUCUCGGAUAUCUCCACUGCCCAUGUCUCAGGAUAUCCCCCUGCCCAUGUCUCUGA